AUGGCGGAGCAGUGGGAUCUGGACGAGGAAGGCGUCCGCCGCCUGGGGGCGCUGACUCUGGAGCAGCCCGAAUUGGUGGAGUCUCUUUCAUUGCAGGGAUCUUAUGCUGGAAAAAUUCAUUCCAUCGGUGAUGCCUUCAGAAAUUUUAAAAACCUCCGAUCCUUAGAUUUAUCAAGAAAUUUGAUCACAAGUCUGAAGGGUAUCCAGUAUUUAUGUUCACUCCAAGAGCUGAAUUUAUAUUAUAACAACAUUCCUUCAUUAGUGGAGGUGUCCCGCCUACAGCCUUUACCCUUCCUCAAAGAACUAGAUUUGAGACUCAAUCCUGUUGUCAGGAAAGAUACAGAUUAUAGGCUCUUCGCUGUGUACACGCUACAAACUCUGGAGAAACUGGAUGACCGAGCUGUGCGAGAAAGUGAGAGAAAAGCUGCCAAGCUGCAUUUUAGUCAGUUGGGCAACAGUGAAAAUUUUCUUUUAGAGGUGGAAAAAAGCUCUAGGGAGAAGACAAUGAAAAACUGUGUGACAGACGAGAGCUCUACAUCAAAAAUCAAUGCCAAUGUUGAUAACAGAAUUGAAACUGACUCAAACAAAGGACUUUUUAUUCCCUUCCCUAACCGGGAAAUAAAGGAUUCCCUAACAAGUACUUCAGCAACCCAGGACAAUGCUAUACCAGAUCAGAAAUUAGACACUUUCCCACUGGGAACACAGGAAGUGGCAAGAAGGGAGAUCCCAAGUGACAGUCACCAGGAAGAUGAAUUCAGACGCUACUCUCCUCGUCAGUCCACAGUCCGAUCCCCAGAGAAGAUGACUAGAGAAGGGUACCGACUGUCUUUUUUGGACAAUAAGUCUUCAGGUUCUUCUCCAGAAAAGGACUUGAUACUAAAACCCGAUACUUAUCAGCUUACCCAUGAUGUCUCAUUGGGUAAACGUCUGGAUGUGGGUGAUUCUAGCCAGAUCCAUCCCUAUCAGUUACCUUCAGAUGUUGGUCUAGAAAAUUAUGAUAGUCAUUAUUCUCAAAAUCUAUGCCUGCACGGAAGUCUUGGUAAAAGGCCUCAGAGAAGCAAGAAUUACAGAGAAUAUAGCAUAAAGCCUUCAAAUGACACGAAGGCCACCACAUCCCAUUCCUGUGGAGACUUACUGACUUCUCUGUCAAAUCCUGACUCCAGCACUGGAAGGCUUUUGAAGCUUAGUUCAGAUCUGUAUGCCACAACCCAUUUCAACAGUGACCCUGCUCUGCUGGUCAAUGCAGAGCAACAAUUAUCUACCAGUGUCAGUGAUUUGACACCAGCACAUGGUUCUUUCCCAAACAACCCUGCCCUGGGAGACUCUCUACGGACACUGCUGUUGCCUACUGGGACCUCAGAACAUAGAGAGAGUUUGACCAAGAGAUCAUUAAGUCCAUCGAGGAGAGGAUUCAAACGGAAGGACAAUAUACUUGCUGCCCUGAAUCCAAAGAUUGGUUUCAGAGAUGCUACAGGGAGCGAGCCUCUCUCUAGUGACCUGGGCAGUUUGCAUGGUUUGCCAGGAAAUCACAGUCCCCCGAUUUCUGCCAGAACCUCCCAUGUGGCCACUGUCCUCAGACAGCUCUUGGAGCUUGUGGAUAAGCACUGGAAUGGCUCUGGCUCUCUCCUCCUUAACAAGAAGUUUCUCGGUCCUGCCCGAGAUUUGCUUCUGACUUUGGUAGUUCCUGCUCCUUCCCAGCAGUGGUGUCACUCACAUCCUGAAGACAUGUCAAAGACGUUCCGGAGAAGAGAGAUGGAAUUGAAGGAGGCUGGGCAUGUGGUACCCAAUGACAUGGAAAGCUUGAAGCAAAAACUGGUCAGAGUGCUAGAAGAAAACCUCAUUUUGUCAGAAAAAAUCCAACAGUUGGAGGAAGGUGCUGCCACCUUGGUGGUGAGUGGGCACCAGUCACACACUUAUGACGAUCUUCUGCGCAAAAACCAACAGCUGAACAUGCAAGUGGCUUGCCUGAAUCAGGAGCUUGCCCAGCUGAAAAAGCUGGAAGAGACAGUGGCCCUUCUCCAUGAAAGUCAGAGAUCCCUGGUGGUAACUAAUGAGUAUUUGCUGCAGCAGCUGAAUAAAGAGCAAAAAGGUUAUUCUGGGAAAGCACUCUUGCCUCCUGAGAAGAGUCAUCAUUCGGGGAGAUCAUCACCCUUUGGGAAAAGCACACUGACUUCCUCCUCACCAGUAGCACAUGACACGGGUCAGUAUCUAAUACAGAGUGUCUCAGACUCUGUUCCAGAGCCUAGUUUAUGGAGCUAGCACUGAGCACCUUCUCUGCAGCUUCCCUCUUGGCCCCAGGGG